CUGCUGAAGGAAGAACUGGUCUCUCACUGAGGCAAUCAUGCAGACCCGAAAUGACAAGCAGAAGGCUAGAUGGAUCACCUGAUGUAGACACUGGGGACCAAACUCUGGGAUUGGCUUAAACCAGGGCUGUGUUGCUCCAAUGGCUGGGUUUUGGCAUCCUGACAAUCUGCUGACUGCUCAAAAGCCUGGAAAUAGCGCCGGGGCAGUCUGUUGCACUCCUUGGGAAGGAAAGCAGCCAUGCAAGUGCUAACCAAACGCUACCCCACGAACUGCCUGCUGACGGUCAUGGAUCGGUACUCGGCGGCAGUGCGGAACAUGGAGCAGGUGGUGAUGAUCCCUAGCCUCCUGAGGGACGUGCAGCUGAGCGGGCACCGGGGUUCCGUCCGGGAGGGAGCUCCGGAUCUCUACACCUACUUCACCAUGCUCAAGACCAUCUGCGUGGAAGUGGAGCAUGGGCUGCUCCCGAGGGAGGAGUGGCAGGCCAAGGUGGCCAGCGGCGAGCCCAGCGACCCUGAGAAUGAGGCCUCCGAGGCAGAGGAGGCUGACGAGGAGAGGCUUGCCGGGGAGCUGGACCUAGAAGCUCAGUUCCAUCGGCACUUCUCCAGCCUCCAUCACAUCCUAACCCACCUCACCCGGAAAGCCCAGGAGGUGACAAGGAAGUACCAAGAAAUGACAGGACAGGUCCUGUAGGCCUCCAACUCUAAGGAAGAUCAGUUUACCGGAGAGAGGGGGCUCUGAUGAAGACUCAACGGCGCAUCACCCUGAGACCCGAAAGGAAGACCCGGACCCAGCUGGACGUGAAGGGGACUUGUCUCUGCGGUGCUUCCCCACCUCCAGCUGAUCGAGUUUGUGGACUCAGUUGCAGGCUCGCCUUUAAGACGUUUGUUAUGAUUCCCGGUCUCUCUUCCUUAGCCGUGUGAGGUGGUGACUGAGCUUCACCAGGCCACGAUCAGUAUAAAGCAAAGGCGUUAGCGACGCGACCUCUCGGAUGUCAUUCAGUGCCUGGUGUCACAAGUUAUCUAUCCCCCGGAGCCCACAUUCCUUCAUGUAUAGAGCAGGGACGCCGCACCUACCUCACAAGGAAACACGGAAUCAAAAGCACCGGGCACGUGCCCACAUCCUAACCGCAGGCGUUGAGCACGUGCUGUCUGGAGCUCCUGCUUCUCACCCCUGGAAGAGGCUGAGGUAGUUGAGUGUGUGGGAUGAGCUCCUCACCCUGCUGGAUCUGAUGAGGCUGAGCACAGGUGACCUAUGAACCUAUUUAUUGCAGUAACAAUUAAAAAGAAAAGAAGAUGGUGUG